AUAGGUGCCCACAGAGAGUGAAGGACCGAAAUGCAGACAGACCCAGGCAUGGCCUGGAGCCAAAGGGAAAACUUCCGAAGGUGCUAUUUUCAACUGGGGGAGGGGGACUGUUUUCAUCAUAAGAAGACUGUGUUAGUUAACAGAAAAGGAAAAUAGAGAAAGAAAAGCUCUGGUGUGGUCGUCCUCUUGUGCAGGCAGUCCCCCAGAACAGGUGGGUGUCCUUCCUGUCAGCCAGCUCUGAAUCCUUCCGGGCAGCAGGGGUAAAGGGGUAAAGCCCUGCACACUUCCACCUCCCAGGUGAGACGCACAGCCCCUCGGAAAAGUGGAUCAGUGAGUUUUCCCCAUUCUAACGAGGAGGCACGUGAGGCUGACUUUCAGGCAAGGGAAGCGUCUUGUCCAAGUCACACGUACCUGAGCGACAGGCAGAGUCAGUGCCAAGACCCAGAGGAGAGACAUGUCAGUGCUGCUUCCAGAGCCUUCGCAAACCCCCAGGACGCCCAGGGCCCUGCAAAUCUGCAGCUGGAGUGAUGCAGUCCCCUUCGGGGAUCUCUGCCCGCUGCCCACCUGCUGCCAGGUCUGCCCUGGGGCUGGAGGAACAAGAUGCAUAGGACACAGCCCACCUGGGUCUCUGGCCUGGAGGAAGAACACAGACACUUCAGGCAAAGUCACUUAGCACAGAGCCUGGGCGCACAGUGGGCAGCAGUGGAUCUGUUGAAUGUUUCCCGUCUAAGCAGCUCAGACUGAGUGCAGACCCUGCUAGUUGCUCCGAGAGUGCUGCCAGAAGGCUCUAUGAGUCCCAUCCGGGCCAACGCCAUCACCGAGGGCUUCCUGUAGGAGGGGACCUUAGAGCUGAGCCCUGAAGGAUGGGUGGAAUUUCCACGAGGGUCCAGAGGAGAGAAACAGGCUGGCGUUUUCAGGUGGACGGAUGGACUCUUCCAGAAGGUAGUCUUGAAGCGCGAAUUUCGCGGCGCCUGGGGACUCACCACACCGUGGGGGCCUCCAGUCCUCGGCGACUGCAUAGAAUUUGCAGAGUAUUAGCCACGAGGGGGCGGGGUGAAGCGGGGCGGCGCCGAGGUGGUGGGGUGGGGGGAGCCCGGAGAGCUUCAUAAAGCCACAGCAAAGGCGCCGCGCCGCUAGUGACAGCGGCCCGCUGGAGAGGGAGCCCAGGAGCUGACGCGCGCCCGCCAAACGCGGGCGCAGGACCCAGGCGUCCGAGGCCGGGCUCGGGUGGGGCUCCCCCCGCGUUCCCGCCCCCGGGGCCCCGCCCCUCGCGACCCCCCGCGCCUGCCCCCCGCGCGGAGAGGGGCCGGUCCCCGACGGCAGCGGGCAGGUGCCAGCCCGCCCCGGAUGGGCAUCGUGGCGCGGGGCUGCGGAGACAUGCUGACGGGUACCGAGCCGAUGCCGGCGAGCGACGAGGGCCGGGCGCCUGGCGCCGACCCGCAGAACCGCUACUUCUACCUGGAUCCCGGCGCCCAGGACGCGGCCGACCGUCGCGGGGGCGCCACCCUGGGGGCGCCCUACGCAGGGGGCGCCCUGGUGCCCGCUCCGCCAGGCCGCUUCCUCGGAGCCUACGCCUACCCGCCCCGGCCCCAGGCCACCGGCUUCCCCGGGGUGGGCGAGCCCUUCCCGCCGACGGCAAGCGCCGAGGGCUACCAGCCUGGGGACGGCUACGCGGCCCCGGACCCGCGCUCGGGACUGUACCCGGGGCCGCGCGAGGACUACGCGCUGCCCGCGGGGCUGGAAGUGUCCGGAAAGCUGAGAGUAGCGCUCAACAACCACCUGUUGUGGUCCAAGUUUAAUCAGCACCAGACGGAGAUGAUCAUCACCAAGCAGGGACGGCGGAUGUUCCCAUUCUUGUCAUUUACUGUGGCGGGACUGGAGCCCACCAGCCAUUACCGGAUGUUCGUGGACGUGGUCUUGGUGGACCAGCACCACUGGCGGUAUCAGAGCGGCAAGUGGGUGCAGUGUGGAAAGGCUGAGGGCAGCAUGCCAGAACAGGCAAAGAAGCCCCACAUCACUAUGGGGUCUGGUCCCCAGGGGGCUGCGUGCCAAGGAGGUUCACUGUCCACAGGAAACCGCCUCUACGUCCACCCAGACUCCCCCAAUACCGGGGCCCACUGGAUGCGCCAGGAAGUUUCAUUCGGGAAACUAAAGCUCACGAACAACAAAGGGGCCUCUAACAAUGUGACCCAGAUGAUCGUGCUCCAGUCCCUCCAUAAGUACCAACCUCGGCUGCACAUCGUCGAGGUGAACGACGGGGAGCCGGAGGCAGCCUGCAGCGCUUCGAACACGCACGUCUUCACCUUCCAAGAGACCCAGUUCAUCGCCGUGACCGCCUACCAGAAUGCGGAGAUUACUCAGCUGAAAAUUGAUAACAACCCUUUUGCCAAAGGAUUCCGGGAGAACUUUGAGUCCAUGUAUGCAUCUGUUGACACGAGCGUGCCCUCCCCGCCCGGACCCAACUGUCAAUUGCUCGGGGGAGACCACUACUCUCCUCUCCUACCAAACCAGUAUCCCGUUCCUAGCCGCUUCUACCCCGACCUUCCUGGGCAGGCCAAGGAUGUGGCUUCCCAGCCGUACUGGUUGGGGGCCCCCCGGGACCAUAGCUAUGAGGCCGAGUUUCGAGCAGUCAGCAUGAAGCCUGCCUUCCUGCCCUCCGCCCCUGGACCCACCAUGUCCUACUACCGAGGCCAGGAUGUCCUGGCGCCUGGAGCUGGCUGGCCGAUGGCCCCCCAGUACCCUCCCAAGAUGGGCCCAGGCAGCUGGUUCCGCCCCAUGCGGACUCUGCCCAUGGAACCUGGUCCUGGAGCUUCUGAGGGACGGGGUCCAGAGGACCAGGGCUCCCCUUCAGUGUGGACUGAGAUCACCCCCAUCCGGCCAGAGUCCAGUGACUCAGGACUGGGUGAAGGAGACUCUAAGAGGAGGCGUGUGUCCCCCUAUCCUUCCAGUGGUGACAGCUCCUCCCCUGCUGGGGCCCCUUCUCCUUUUGAUAAGGAAACCGAAGGUCAGUUUUAUAGCUACUUUCCCAAUUGAACAGAUGACAUGACAGGAACAAUGUCAUCAGGUUGGAAGACACCAAAUACCGCAGACAGGUGACUCAGGACUGGGAGGCCCCCAGCUCCCUCUGUCCCUUCUCCUUUUGUAGUUGGUUGAGGAAGAGGGGUGCCAAGAAGUCUUCUGGGGUUCACUUGCUGUUUUGGGCCCAAAGCGAAACCUGAGAGACGUGUUCCCUGCCCCCUCCUUUGCCCUAACUACGGUCAUUUACCUGGUGCUGCUUCUGGCUGUGGGUUCCCAGCUGGAGAACAGAAAACAGAAGAAGAAAGUCUUGGACACAAAGGAGCUUCCUCGCUUCUGUUGGGGGGGGUGAGGGGUCAGGUGUGUGAAAAUAAAGAUGCUGAGGAUUUAAUGACAGCCAGCCAGCCAGGGUCGGCAAGGGGACUCAGAUGACUUUGGGGCAGCUGGCCUGGGCCCCAUCCGCUCGGAGACAGUGGGGUCCCGAGGAAGAGGCUGGAAAGGGGGGCGGGGUUGGUGCACACCUCAAGGAGCAACGUCUUGCGGUGGGGAUUAGUUGUGUGUGCGCUUUCUUUCUUUCUUUUUUUUUUUUUUUUUCUUUUUGAAUGGGGAGGCUAUUUAUUGUACAGAGAGUGGUGUCUGGAUCUAUUUCUUUUGUUUUCAUCACUUUCUGAAAAUAAACGUGAAACUGUAGAAUGUGUCCUGCUUCAGUGCCCUGAAAGGGGACAUGGUUGGGGGCUCCACUGGGAAUUGCGAGGACACCAUCCGUCCCCGGCUGCAGCAGAAGUUUCCAAGAACGGGAGCUGCCUAGAAAUCCUGAGUGGCUUCAUUCCGGGGACAGACAGAGUCAAAGCAAGGCCACACGUGCUACCUUUGGCACUCAGGCUGAUGGCUGAUUCCACCUCGUAAGGCAUCUUGGGGACAGAGAGCGGUCCCUCUGUCUGGGUAGCACCUGACCUGUGGAGGAGGCAAUGGACGGCAAGACCAGAAGACCGGACCCUGGGGGUGAGGGAACUGGGGAUUCCGCGAGGAAGAAGAGCCUUGAUUUCUCUCUACAUGUCUAGCUUUGGUUUUCCAUCUUCAUCUUAGGGGUGUUCAAAAGUUAGAGGAGUAAAUGUAAGUUGAACCCCAUGAAAUUGCUGUUUCCGUCGGUCAAGAACAGCCUAAUAUUGACAAUUUCGUGAUUCAAACUAAUGUCUGUAAAGGGUUUAGAACAGCGCCUGGUAAACAGGAAGCCCUCAGCCUGUACAUGAUUGUUGCUGUAAUUCUCUAGCUCUGUUUUUCUCUCUUUUUACGCGGCUGCUAAAUUAUGUUUUUAAAAUGACACCUGCUUCUCUUAAAGAACAUUAAGCCAGGCA